AUGCUGGGCCUCGCCAACAUGCAACCGCGGCAACUCGCCGCACAGGUCCUAAACUUCGCGCUCGUCCUCUCUACCGCCUUCAUGAUGUGGAAAGGACUGUCCGUAGUCUCCGACUCGCCCUCACCCAUUGUCGUCGUCUUGUCAGGAUCCAUGGAGCCUGCGUUCCAACGAGGAGAUCUACUAUUCCUGUGGAACCGGGGGGCAGACACGCAAGUGGGUGAGAUUGUAGUAUACAACGUCAAGGGAAAGGAUAUCCCCAUCGUGCACCGUGUUGUGAGAAGAUAUGGGGGAGGCAAAACACCCCUUCGCCUCCUAACCAAGGGUGACAACAACCUCGCAGACGAUACCGAACUUUACGCCGCCGGCCAGUCCUUCUUAAACCGCAAAGAAGACGUCAUCGGAAGCGUUGUCGGCUUCAUACCCUUUGUCGGAUACGUUACCAUUUUGCUGAGCGAACACCCUUGGCUGAAGCAGGUCAUGUUAGGCAUGAUGGGUGUCAUGGUCGUUCUGCAGAGAGAGUAG